UAUUAUUUGUUUGCGUUGUCCGCCUUUAAAACAGCUCUUUUCUGUUCUGUUCUAUAAAGUUCUUUUCUGCUACGAAAUUAUCAAAAUAGUUAUCACACCUUGCCGCCCACGAGAUUUUGGUGGUGAUACGAAAAAGCAGAACACAUUGAAACUCGUAGCUCCAGGAAUUGCAUCACGAUGGUUUGGCUCGAAUCAUGUUGGUCCCCCUGUAUCUGGACGAAUUCCGUGAAAACAGGAAGCUACGCCGUGGCUGCUUACACGGUCGCUGGAAGUAUUGUUUUGAUCACGAUGAUAAGCUACAUGCUGCUUGGGGGUGACUCUUCGCAGCUUUACUCACCCUUGUUCGAAACAGACAUUCGUGAUUCGAUGCAAAUCGUUGGAGGAUUCUUUAUCUUCUACCUGGUCCUGAUGAUUCUAUCUGCAGGUGGAAUUUGCUACGCGUUGAAAACUACCACACGUGGGUGGAUGCUUCCGUGGCUGUUCCUCUUUGGAAUAUCCAUUUUGUUCCAAUUCGUUUUCGGAUUGUGGCUGAUCGGAGGAUACUACAUCUACCUACAACAAACACUGUCCAGUUUGAUUCUGUGGGUUUGGAUGGCUUACAAUAUCUAUUGCUGGAUGUGCGUUUACUCACAGUAUCAAAUCUUCGAGAAUCUCCAAUCACCAAACAUUGAAUUGCUGAUGCCCUAGAGGAGAUGGUUACCUCCCGUUUGGUACCGCUUUUAAUUUAAAACUGUAUUUCUCAGUAAUUCGUAGGCCUUAAUCCAGUAAUUCCAAUUACCGUCUAGCAUUUGUGCUUUUUGCCAGCAUCCAUCUCGACCAUCGGUAGCGAAUAUGUUAACAAGUGUUUCUCUCUCACGUGAGCAGAAUCUCUAUUUACAAUCUUCAUAUUGUGUAAGCACAUUUUAUAACUUGCAGCGUAGUUUAGAUAAAUCCAGACUGAUGAGAACUCGUUCCGUCCGUGGCG